AUGUCUUUUGAUUACGACGGUCCUCCAGGAACGAAACGUUUUUGUCCUAAUCCAAAUGAAGAUUCCUAUCAUAACCCUAGUAUUUCACAUACCAAAGUAAUUCAUGUUCGAAAUUGUCAUCCUGCUACUACAGAAGCAGAUUUGUUGGAGGCCCUCUCCAAAUUUGACGUUGUAGCAUAUGCUACAGUUAUGUCACACAAAAAGAUGGCAUUAGUAGAGUUUGAAACGGUUAUUGGUGCAGAGAAAUGUGUUAAUGAAUCUAGUAGAACUCCUAUUUAUGUCAGAGGAUAUCAAAUAAACUGUUCUUUCUCUAAUGUACAUUGUAUUCAACGUACAGGUCUUGAAUGUGAAAAACCAAACAAAGUUUUAUGUAUAACAAUUUUGAAUCAAACUUAUCCAAUAGAUUGUGAUCUUAUAAAUAGAAUUUGUAAAGAUAACGGCAAAGUAAUUAGAAUAGCAAUAAUUCGUAAACAACCAAUACAUUGUUUAGUUGAAUUUGAAACAAUUGAAGAUGCACGAAGGGUUAAAAUUGCGAUAAAUGGAGCUGAUAUAUAUUCGGAUUGUUGUACAUUAAAGGUAGAAUAUGCUAGACCUGAUUUUGUUAAAGUAACUUAUAAUUGCAUUGAUUCAUGGGACUAUACUUGUUCCCUUCCUGAUAGACCAAAUUUCCAACAAAAACAAAAUGUUCCACCACAUAAUAAUCAAUCUAAUUAUAAUAAUCAUUCACAAAGUCAUAAUAAUCAGUACGAUUCAAAAAGGGAUGAUAAAUCAUAUCAUAAUAGAGGUCCUCCACCAAGAAAUGACCAACCAUAUUCUCCUCCAUCAAGAGAUAGAUCUCAUAAUUCAUAUAAUAAACCUUAUGAUAAUGGGCAAAAUUAUAAUUCUACAGAUAGAAGACAUUCACCGCGUAGAGAUAAUUUUAAUGAGCCAGGAUAUAGAGGUGCUGGUAAUAAUAUUCCACCACAAAGAGAUUAUCAACCAAGAGAUUACCAAAAUACAAAUUAUGAUUCGAGAAGAGAUUCAUAUGACACAAGAAGAAUGAAUAAUGGUCCACCAAUAGAUAAUCGUUAUGAUAAUAGAAGAGAUAAUUAUAAUAAUCCACCUCCUGAUAAAAUUAUAAAUAAUUAUAAUAAUAGAGAACGUCGUGAUGAAAGAGUUCCAUAUGAAAGAAGACCAGAUUCUAGAGAUGGUGGAAGAUAUGAUAAUUAUUAUCCACCAGAUAGAAAUAGAUCUAAUUUUCCAAAAGUAGGAAAUGAAAGAUUUCCAGGACAACAACCAUAUGAUAAUGGUUAUGAGGGUAAAUAUGAUCAACGUAAUGAUAGAAAAGAAGACCAUGGAUGUGUCUUAAUGAUUUACGGUGUCAAUCAUGAAAAUUUUAACUGUGAUAAACUUUUUAAUCUUCUAUGUCCAUAUGGAAAUGUUCUUCGUGUUAAAUUUAUGAGAUCAAAACCUGAUACAUGUAUGGUUGAAAUGAAUAAUAGGAAUGAAAUGAAUAAUGCUAUAAAACACCUUCAUGAAAUUAAGAUGUUUGGAACUGAAUUGGCCCUUAGGCCAUCUAAACAAAAUUCAUUAAAGGGUACAGAUCAACCUUUUGAUAUGUUGGAUGGAACUCCAUCGUAUAAAGAUUUUUCACAUAAUAAAUUUCAACGAUACAAUUCACAAGAAAUGGCUGUUAAAAACCGUCUUGCCUAUCCAACACCUGAACUUCAUUGGUUUAAUGCACCACCAGAUGUAGCUGAUGAGCAAAUUUUUGGAGCAUUUGAAGAGGCCCGUGCUCCACGUCCAGUUGCUAUUACAAAAGGCCUUAGUAGGCAUGGUGGCAGUUCUUCAGGUACUUGUAAAUUUCGAAGUGCUGAAGAAGCUGCAGAAGCUUUAGCUAUUGCAAAUCAUGUACCAAUUUAUACACCAUCUUCUAAAUAUCCAUUUGUUUUAAAGAUGGCUUUUAAUGCAGAACAAGCAGCAGCUAGAAGAGCAAUGAAACGUGACCAUCCUGAUGAUGAAGACCAACGGGGAUUACCACCAAUUCCACAUGGGCAGCCUUAUUAA